CGUGCGCCCACUACUGGUCCUGCUUCAGGCUUGCUCUCCUUCUCUCCCUCUUCCGUCGAUCGGAUCCAAAACCCUAAUCCGAGAAUCGAGUAAUGGAGAGCAGCGGCAGCGAAUCGUUGGGGUCAUCCACAGCCCCGCUGGCGUGGCACGAUUUCCUCGAGCGCAUGCGCCAUCCAUCCGCCGCUGAUUUCGUCAAAUCCAUCAAGAGCUUCAUUGUCUCCUUUUCGAAUAAAGCUCCUGAUCCAGAAAAGGAUAGUGUUGCGGUGCAAGAUUUUCUAGCCAACAUGGAAGGUGCAUUUAGGGCUCAUACACUUUGGGCUGGAAGCACUGAUGAAGAACUAGAAAGUGCUGGCGAGGGAUUGGAGAAGUAUGUAAUGACAAAACUAUAUAAUCGUGCAUUUGCAUCAUUUUCAGAAGAUGUAAAACGUGAUGAGGAACUCUUUGAGAAGAUCUCACUGAUACAAAAAUUCAUUCGACCAGAAAAUUUGGAUAUCAAACCAACCUUUCAAAAUGAAACAUCUUGGCUGCUUGCACAGAAGGAGCUUCAGAAGAUCAAUAUGUACAAGGCUCCUAGAGACAAGCUUGUUUGUAUUCUCAAUUGCUGUAAAGUUAUCACCAAUUUACUAUUAAAUGCUUCUAUUUCAUCACACGACAAUCCUCCUGGUGCAGAUGAAUUCCUACCAGUCCUGAUUUAUGUUACAAUAAAGGCAAACCCUCCUCAACUCCAUUCAAACUUGUUAUACAUACAGAGAUAUAGGCGGCAAUCACGGUUGGUCUCAGAAGCAGCCUAUUUCUUCACAAAUAUUCUGUCCGCGGAGUCCUUUAUCUGGAACAUAGAUGCACAGUCUCUUUCAAUGGAUGAGGCAGAGUAUCAGCACAGCCUGGAAGCAGCUAGAGCACUCCUCUUGGGCUUAUCAAGUGAAUCAGAAAGCCAGAAAAAUCAAACAAAUGAAAAAUCUGUGGAGCACAAAGAAGAGACAGCAAAAAGUAAAAGCGACAUAAACAGCUCUGUGAGAGCACAGGAUCUUGCGGGGAGAACAAAUGAUCUUAAGAAAGGUCGUGCUGGCAAGGACCAAUCAUUAAAAAAUAGUUCAUCUGUUUCAGAUUUGCAACAGUGUGGAGCAAGUGAUCUUCUUAAAGAAGAGCAUCUCAGUAAAUAUUUCCUUGAAUAUCCCUUCUUAUUUGCACUCGCUGGUGAUUUAACAACUGAAGAUGUAGAAAAGCUCCUCAAUAGCUAUAAACAACUUGUUCUCAAGUAUGUGUGUCUAUGCAAAGGAAUGGGUGUAAAUAGCUCUUCUCUUUCUGUGUCUACCAUCCAAAUGGCAACUGAGUCCACUGCAGAGUCCAGAGAUUCAGCAGAGCUGGUGACUAACAAUGAGAAGGAUGAAGGGUUGAACAAUAACCCGUCAAAUGAGAAGGAUGAAGGGUUAAAUGAUAACCAAUCUAAUGAGAAGUACGGAGGGUUAACCAAUAACCAGUCAAGUGAUAGUUUAUUUUCAGGAUUGGAUGAAAGAGAACUGAAAGUGGCUGCAGAUGACUCAGUUGACAAUCCAAUUGGGGAAAAGAAUAAUCAACUGAGUGGUAGUUUAUUUUCGGGUUUGGAUGAAAGAGAAGAAGAAGCGCCUGCAGAUGACUCAGUUGCCAAUCCAGUUAUAGACCAACCAAGUGAUAGUUUAUUUUCAGGUUUGGAUGGAAGAGAAUCGAGAAUGCCUGCAGAUGACUCCAUUGCCAAUCCAACUGUAGAAAAGAACGAGGUAUCUGAAUAGCCCUUUUGUUAUUGACCGACAUGUGAAGAUCUUUGUGCUAAUUUCAUUUUCAUGGAAAGCUGUCGGGUGUCUCCCAUGAGCUCCUGUAAUAUUAACUAUUGGAACAUAUCUGCAUGUUCAGUAGCCAGGAAACCCUUUGUUGUCCAAUGACUUGAGAAAGGGAAUGAGAUCCUACUUGCCUUUGCAUAGCAAAUGAGGCAGAACACUUAGUGUUCUGCUCCUGUUUUCACUUUGCGGCGAGUUCUGCCCUCCAUUUACUACAUCUAUGCACUGGUAUGCACUUCAAUGGAGCUUACAUAGUCUCCACCUGAAUUCAGUGUUCUUAUCAUACUCCAAAAUGUUUGCUUAAAUUAAUUGCCCGUGGCUUCCGCAAA